AUGCCACACCAGGUUCUAGUUAUAGAACAGCGGAACCCCAAGAAGUUGGGGCACAACCAGACUAGAAGCAACAAGUACAAUCGCAAAGGCUUCGGACACAAAGAAGAGACUCUUCAACUCAUGAAUCGGGAUUACACCAGUAAGAUGAUAAAGACACUGAAGGAGAAUGGAUUUGAGUACACAUGGGGGGUUAAUGUUACGGUGAGACUAGCAGAAGCCUAUGGUUUUUGUUGGGGUGUCGAAAGAACUGUCCAGAUCGCUUAUGAAGCCAGGAAACAGUUUCCGGCUCAUAAAAUAUGGCUCACCAAUGAAAUUCUCCACAGCCCUCUCAUCACUGAGGAGUGGCAAGAUGCGCUGUACAAGCUGCUUGAACAACCGGUAGGUAAAUCUUAUGCUGGUUGUUGGAGCUUGGAAUUUCCAGUAACACUACCGAGUUACAAAGAAUCGUGGAGGAACAUGGAAUUCCAUCAUCUUGGAUUGAUACUGAGAAGCGAAUAG